AUGGCUGGGCCCCCGUACCAGUUACCGGGGACUGGUAACUCCUUAAGGUGCCCAGUGAAUCACAGUCUUUGCAGUGUGGACAUCUCUGAACGAUCGUGGUACUUGCAUUGGCGCUAUGAGGGGCUGGAUACUAUCACACAGCCAACAACGCUAAAUUACGGUACAGUCAAGCAUGCUGUGUCCAGGGCUCCCCGGAGGCUCCUGGGUGGCAGCUCUGACUGUGACACUGAUGGUGCUGAGUCCUCCUCUGGCUUUGGCCUGGGACAGGAGAGGGCUCCCGAGUCUCCCUCUCAUCCCUCCUCAUUGGCCUUGGAAAGCCCUGAGAGCGCCUUCCUCAGUGAGGAGCGAUCAGUGGAGCCCAAGGUGACCGUGUACCCCACCAAGACCCAGGCCCUGCAGCACCACAGCCUCCUGGUGUGCUCUGUGAGUGGUUUCUACCCCGGCCACAUCGAAGUCAGGUGGUUCCGGAACGGCCAGGAGCAGGAGGACGGGGUGGUGUCCACAGGCCUGAUCCGGAACGGGGACUGGACCUUCCAGACCCUGGUCAUGCUGGAAACAGUUCCUCGGAGCGGAGAGGUUUACGUCUGCCGGGUGGAGCACCCGAGCUGGAGCAGCCCCGUCGCCGUGGAGUGGAGAGACUCUGAAGUUCAGCCAAUAGGUAACGUCCUGGAAACUUGCCUCACGGACAGAUUCGCUUUACCUUCAACGGCCUGUAACAGGGAUGAAAGAGGAAACAGAUAAUGUGAAAGAUUUUGGAUAUAAAGUUCUGGUCAGGCAGCUGCCCUAAACCUUGUUCACUUCACUUAAUAAAAUUCUGUGCUCUGAGGUAGCAUCGGUUCAGGGAGACUUAGAGAUCUUUCUUCUCUCUCUGCAGUGCUGUCCUGAGAGGGGAGAGGAGCUGCAUUCAGAGUCAGCUCAGGAAUCACUGCUGUCCUCUGUCCCUCAGGACUCCUGAGCUAAGGGGAAGGUGACAGCUGUGCAGGGAGGAGUUGUGUCCCUGCUUCUCUGCAACCCCGCCACAUGGUGACCGGCUUCCUGCU